GCCGCCGCCGAAAAUACGACGUCUCUGGGAGACUCGUCGACACUGGCCGCGCCUCCUUCGUCGCGGCGAUCGACUAUUUUUACGCGGGGGCUGCGCGCGCUUCGCUCCCCGUUCAAAAGGACCGGCGCUCAACUCGAUUUGCGCUUUUAGGAGCUCUCGGCGGCAGUCGCUCGUUUCAGAAUGAGCAAAGAGAGGAUCGACCUGGACCAGCCCCUCUGGGACCAGCGGACCUUCCUGGGCCGGUGGAAGCACUUCGCCUGGAUCACGGACUUUCGCACGUGCAUCAAAGACGAGAAGGAGCUCUUGCGCGCGAAAGAGCUAUGCCAAAAAUAUAGACUGAAGAAGGAGCCAAAGGAAACGACGAAGGAGGAAAUUAUUUAUGCAAAAAAACUCUACGAGUCUUCGUUUCAUCCGGAUAGUGGCGAUCUGCAAAAUGUCUUUGGCAGAAUGUCUUUUCAGGUUCCCGGAGGUAUGCUCAUCACUGGUGCCAUGCUACAAUUUUACAGGACGACGACGGCCGUGGUGUUCUGGCAAUGGGUCAACCAGUCGUUCAACGCCCUCGUUAAUUACACGAACAGGAAGAACCAGCUGGCAGUCGCCUACGUGAGCGCCACGUCGGCUGCAAUGAUCACUGCCAUAGGAUGUAAGACUUUCUGGCAAAAGAGGGCAAGCCGCCUCCUGGCUAGGUAUGUGCCAUUCGUCGCCGUGGCUGCGGCCAAUUGCGUCAACAUUCCGCUGAUGAGGCAGAACGAAAUAACCAAUGGAAUCGAGCUCAGCGACGAGAGCGGCAAAAAGCUCACCGUCUCACAGAUAGCAGCAGUUAAAGGGAUUUCUGAAGUUGUAAUAUCGAGGAUUGUCAUGUGUUCUCCUGGAAUGAUAUUGUUACCUAUACUAAUGGAGAAAUUAGAGAGAAAAUGUUGGAUGCAACGAUUGCAAAAGUAUCAUGCCCUUUUCCAAGUAUUAAUGUGUGGCAUCUCACUGUUAAUUAUGGUUCCAACUGCCUGUGCACUAUUUCCUCAACAAUGCUCAAUAUCGACAACAAUUUUGCAAAAAUUUGAGGCAGACAAUUAUGCAAAAUUGAAAGCAAACUUCAAAGGAAAAGUAUUGCCAGAAUAUCUAUAUUUCAAUAAAGGAUUAUAAGAAUGGAGAUAUAUUAGUGUCGUAAAAAGAGUAAUGGAAUAAUCAUA